AUGGGAGGAAGCAGGAGGAGAUCGAUUCAUGUGUCUCCUCGUGUUCCUCCUGGAUCACAUCACGGUGGUUCCAGGAGGAGGAAGGGUUCCAGGAGGAGAUCAAGCUCUUGUAGCUCGUCUUUCGAUAACACCGGAGAAGAUGAGCCAUUUCUUCAUAGGAUCCCUGGAAGGAUGUUCUUGAAUGGCUCUACCGAUAAUGCGUCCCUCUUCUCUCAACAGGGCAAGAAAGGGCCUAAUCAGGACGCCAUGAUUGUCUGGGAGAAUUUUGGUUCCAUGGCGGACACAGUUUUUUGUGGUGUUUUCGAUGGCCAUGGUCCGUAUGGUCACAUUGUCGCAAAGAGAGUGAGGGAUUUGCUUCCACUGAAGCUAGGCUCUCACUUGGAGUCCUAUGUAUCCUGCGAGGAGGUUCUUAAAGAGAUCAGCCUCAACAAUUCUGACAGAAAGAUGUCAGAUAACCUUGUGCAUAUAUCAGCCAAUGGAGAAUCCCGAGUCUACAACAAGGAUUCCAUAAAGGAUCAGGAUAUGGUUCAAACACUAUUAGGCUCCAUUGUUAAAGCCUACAGAUUCAUGGACAAGGAACUGAAGAUGCAAAAGGAUGUUGAUUGUUUUUGCAGUGGAACAACUGCAGUAACCAUGGUCAAGCAGGGUCAACAUCUUGUUGUCGGAAAUAUUGGGGAUUCAAGAGCUGUAUUGGGUAGGAGGAAUAAAGAGAAUAAACUUGUUCCUUUUCAAUUAACUGAAGAUCUCAAACCAGAUAUUUGGGAUGUAUUGACGAAUGAAGAGGUUGUGGAGAUUGUAGCGAGAGCACCAACACGUUCCUCAGCAGGUCGAGCCUUGGUCGAGGCCGCGGUGCGGAACUGGAGAUGGAAGUUCCCGACUUCGAAAGUCGACGACUGUGCUGUAGUUUGCCUCUUCCUUGACUUAGAACCAAACAAAUUAUCAACUGCUUCUUUCUCAGAGAAGAAUCACAUCAACAAUGGCUUUACUGAACCGGAACCAGACACAGCGUCAACAUCAUCUCCAGACUCGAGAACCGAAUCGCCUAAUGGAGUCAACAGGAUCGACACACUUGUGAAUCUACCUGUAUAUGUGCCGACCAAAGAGUAGGCUAGAGGCAGGAAGUGAAGGUGUGAGAUUAGACUUUGUCUCUCUCUCUCUCUCCCUCUCUCUCUUUCUUUCUCGGUUUUUGUUGAGUCUCUAAAAUGUCACUUGUGCUCUAAGUUCCUGUGAAAAGUUACUGUUUGGUUUUCUUCGUUGGGUAAAUUAUAGUGUUACACGCCAAUACUUUUGAGUGUGGCUGUUUGUAUAUAUACUCUGCCAAUACUUUGCUACAAUCUCUCUCCUCUUUUCUUUGUAAAUAAAAUUCUGAAGCUGCAUUUGGGUUUAACUGAGCAAUUUUUGUUUGCUAGAAGAACACACAAAGCCUUUCGAGUCUUUAUGAUUAACGUUGCUAG